GGCAGCGUAAAAGAGGCGUGACGCUCCCUAUUUAUGCUACUAUCCAGAAGCGGUCCGUUCUUGCUUGACGCAGAUUGCUGCUCUGCGGCUGUUUUACAAGGAGUCUUCAAGGAGAAACCUGCAAGAUGUCCAAAGACGUCCCACGUGAGCCAGAGCAGCUCCGCAAGCUGUUCAUUGGAGGCCUGAGCUUCGAGACAACAGACGAGAGCCUGCGGGCUCAUUUCGAACAAUGGGGGUCGCUCACAGACUGCGUGGUCAUGAGGGACCCGAACAGCAAGAGGUCCAGGGGUUUCGGCUUUGUUACGUACUCGUCGGUAGAGGAAGUCGACGCCGCCAUGGCGGCCCGUCCCCACAAAGUGGACGGGAGGGUGGUGGAGCCCAAGCGUGCCGUUUCCAGAGAGGACUCCAACCGUCCAGGCGCCCACGUCACGGUAAAGAAAAUCUUCGUGGGAGGCAUCAAGGAGGACACGGAAGAGUCGCACCUCAGGGAUUACUUUCACCAGUUCGGCAAAAUCGAGGUCAUUGACAUCAUGACCGACCGCAACACUGGAAAGAAGAGGGGCUUCGCCUUUGUCACCUUCGACGACCACGAUUCAGUGGAUCGGAUUGUCAUUCAGAAAUACCACACAAUAAACUCUCACAACUGUGAAGUGAGGAAGGCCCUCACCAAGCAGGAAAUGCAGAGCGUUGGCAUGGGAAUGAGAGGAGGUGGAGGACGUAGCAGCGGAGGAAGACCGUACGAUUACGACAGAGGCUUCAGCCAAGGUGGGCGGGGUAGAUAUGGAGAUGGUCCUAAUAACUGGAAUGAUGGUGGGUACGGAGGCGGUCCUGGUGGUCCUGGCGGCUAUAACAACGGUGGCAACAGAGGUUAUAACCAGGGUUACAACCAGGGUGGCGGCGGAGGUGGAGGCUACGGUGGAAAUGGUUAUGACAGCAACGGUUAUGGCAACUGCGGCGGUGGCGGCGGAGGCAGCAACUACAACAACAUGGGCCACUACGACCCCCAGGCCUCCAACUUUGGCCCGAUGAAGAACAGCUUUGGCGGCGGUGGUGGCGGCGGCCGGAGCUUUGGCGGCUACGGAGGCGGCUCCAACAAUCCUGGCGGCUACGGUCGCCCAGGACGAUUCUAAAGCCCGAGAAGUGGACUGAGUACUUAGGAGAGGAGAGCAAGGAGAGGAGAGCAAGCGAAGUGACAGGGCAGCUGCAGGUUUACCUCCUAAAUCUGCUCAGCCAAACAGUUGUGGCAGGUUACAGCUGCUGCGAGAAGAGAUGUACAGUAGAUAAAUCAUGGAGGGCCUUCAAUUACAUGUCAUCUGUUUUUCUUUUUUUCUUUUAUUUUUAUCAAAAUGAUUAUAAAAGCAUUCCAAUAAGGUUUUUAUGUUCUUUAAGCCUGAUUUUUAUUUGUAACUGCAUUCAUGACUUCUGAAAUAAACCACCUUUCAGUUUUUUAAGUCUUGUUAGAUUCUUUAGUUGCCUGGGUAAGGGAGGGUGCAUUGUUAGAUGUGCAGAGUGGGGGAAUCUGGGAAGGAAACAAAAUCCCAGUGUCUACCGCUUUUUGCGGUGGGGGG